CCUGAACUGAGUAGCUUACGACGAAGCAACCCCAUCAUAGCGCGAUCUGCCAUUGUCAUUGGCCAUAUUACGGUGAAUGUGUUGGCUAUCCACCCUUCUGUCCGUGCCGAACACGGUAUCUAUUUGGAAUUCGACCAAACUGGCAAAUCAGUGUUGGUCAUCCACGCAGCGACAGUUGAUAAAUGGUUUCCGUCACUUACUUUGAUCCUUUCUCAACGGAAGUACAUUGACAACUCCGUUGAGCCAAAAUGCGCAUUCUCUGUCUCCAUGGAGCAGGCACCAAUUCUCGGAUCUUUGAGAUGCAGACAGCCGCCAUCAGGUACGAGCUAGCAGACAGCCACGUCUACGAUUUCGUGGAAGGCACCAUUCCUUGGAGCAUGUACCCAGGUGUUGAAACAAUCGCCUUGGACAAAGAGCCUGUCUUCGCGUACUUUGACGACAUGGACCCACCGAGUGGGCUCGCCGUCUAUCAGCAUUUCGAACGACACCUGAGAGACGAGGGGCCGUACGAUGGUGUAAUGGCAUUCAGUCAGGCGGCAACGAUGAUCCUGACGUACCUUAUACACGUCUUCAGGAAAAAGAACCGAGGAGAGGCCGUUGACAGCCCGUUCAGAUUCGCUGUGUUCUUUUCAAUCGUUCGGCCGCCGAUUGACUAUGAGGAACUACAGAAGGGGAAGUUUGUAGAUGUGGAUUUAGAUGAUGUCAAGGGUAUUGUUGAGAUCCCCACGGUCCAUGUAUGGGGUGCAUUGGAAGAGAGUGCCGGCCAAGCGGCCAUGGCGAGCGACGUCUGCAGGUCAGAUGUGAAAUGGACGUAUGUUCACGAUCGAGGGCAUGAAAUUCCCGGCUCAGGGAGCAAGGAUGCAGUGACCAAGACGGGGAAUGCCAUACGAAGGGCGAUAGAGACUGCGUCAGAUCCUCUUGAUAAUGAAGAGUAGCCAAGCUCAUCAUCAAAAAUAUCAAACAUUAU